AUGGGACUAUUCAGAAGCUCCGUCUUGUUCUUGGUGCUGUACCUACUGCAGAGAUCCAAUACAUCUCUUGUUCGAGUGAGUGACAACGGCUAUGAAAAUGUCAUCAUUGCUAUAGAUCCAGAUGUACCAGAAGAUGAAACAUUAAUUGGAAAAAUAGAGAACAUGGUGACUGAAGCUUCCACUUACCUGUUUGAAGCCACAGGAAAAAGACUGUUCUUUAAAACAGUAUCAAUAUUAAUUCCUGAGAAGUGGAAAGGAAAACCGCAGUACAAGAAGCCAAAACAAGAAAGCUACACACAUGCUGAUGUUAAAGUUGCACCACCAGCCCACCCAGGUGAUGACGAACCAUACACUAGGCAGUUCACAGAGUGUGGAGAAAAAGGAGAAUUCAUUCAUUUGACUCCUGACUUUGUCCUUGGGAAAAAACAAAAGGAAUAUGGACCAUCAGGUAGACUCCUAGUCCAUGAGUGGGCCCAUCUCCGCUGGGGCGUGUUUGAUGAGUACAAUGAAAAUGAGCCUUACUACGCUGCUAAGUCAAAAAAAAUUGAAGCAACAAGGUGUUCCACAGGUAUCACUGGCACCAACAAAGUGUUGCAUUGUCAAGGAGAUAGCUGCAUAGAAAAAACAUGCAGAAUUGAUUCUAAGACAAAACUGUAUGAAGAAGAUUGUCAGUUCUUCCCUGAUCAAGUUCAGACUGAAAAAGCAUCCAUAAUGUAUAUGCAAGCUAUUGACUCUGUCACCCAAUUCUGUGAUAAAAAACAUAACCGAGAAGCUCCUACCCUACAAAAUAAAAAGUGCAACUCUAGAAGUACAUGGGAGGUGAUCAGAACUUCCGAUGAUUUAAACAACACAAAACCCUUGACGGCACCACACUCUCCACCUAUCUUCUCACUACUGAGGAUUAGUGAAAGAAUUGUGUGCUUGGUUCUUGAUACAUCCGGAAGCAUGCAGGUAACAGAUCGGCUAAAUCGAAUGAAUCAAGCUGCAAAAUAUUUCCUGCAGGAGAUCAUUGAAAAAGGCUCCUUUGUGGGAAUGGUGCGUUUUGAUAGUAGUGCAUUGGUCCUAAGUGAGCUAACCCAAAUAACAAGCGAGACGGAAAGAAACACACUCAUGAAGCUCUUACCUACAGUAGCUGAUGGAGGAACAUCCAUCUGCUCUGGAAUUGACUUAGCAUUUACGGUAUUUGCAAAACGCCAAUUGGAGGGAUCUGAAAUAGUGCUGCUGACUGAUGGGGAAGAUUCUUCUGUAGGGAACUGUGUUGACAGAGUGGGAAAUAGUGGGGCCAUCGUUCAUUUUGUUGCUUUGGGACCAUCUGCUGAUGAAAGAGUCAUAGAGAUGAGCAUUCGAACAGGUGGAAAGUAUAGAUCGGUAACAGAUAUAGCCCAGAACAAUGGCCUCGUUGAUGCUUUCGCAGCCCUUUCAUCAGCAAAUGCGGAUAUCUCCCAGCAGCCUCUUCAGCUUGAAAGUAAAGGACUAAAACUCAACAAUAAUGAAUGGAUGAAUGACACUGUAAUAAUUGACAGUACAGUGGGCAAAGAUACAUCUUUUCUCAUCACAUGGAAAACAGCGGUUCCUGAUAUUUCACUCUGGGAUCCCAAUGGAAAAUCAAUUAAAUCAUUCAAUUUGGACAAAGCUUCCAAAAUGGCCUACCUUCGUAUUCCAGAAGCAAUGGUUGGCCUUUGGACUUACAGUGUUCAAGCCAAAGCACAUUCCGAAAUAUUAACUAUUACUGUAAAUUCUCGGGCAUCAAGUUCUUCUGUGCCUCCAAUCAGAGUGAAUGCUAAAAUGAAUAAAGAAGCAAACAGUUACCCCAACCCAAUGAUAGUUUAUGCAGAAGUUCUACAAGGGUAUACACCUAUUCUUGGAGCCAAUGUGACUGCUUUCAUCGAAUCACAGAAUGGAAAUGCAAAGGAACUGCAACUUUUGGACAAUGGUGCAGGUGCUGAUGCCUUCAAGAACGAUGGGGUCUACUCUAAAUAUUUUACAGCUUAUUCAGAAAAUGGCAAAUAUAAUUUAAAAAUACGGGUUAAUGCAGGAACAAGUGCCACAAGAAGUUUCAGACAUCACUCAACCAGAGCUGCAUUUAUCCCAGGCUGGGUGGUUAAUGGGAAAAUUGAAGCGAACCCUCCACGACCCAAAAUUGAAAAUGAUACGCAGACAACCUUGGAGAGUUUCAGCAGAACAACAACUGGAGGUGCAUUUGUGGUUUCAAAUGUUCCAUCAAAUCCUUCCUCGUAUGACCCAUAUCCCCCAAAUCCAAUCACAGACCUUGAGGCCACACGUGAUGAGGAUGAGAUCAGCCUAACAUGGACAGCUCCUGGAGAUGACUUUGAUGUUGGAAAAGUUGAACAGUACAUCAUAAGGAUAAGUGGAGAUAUCACUGAUCUAAAGGACAAGUUUGAUGAUGCUAUGCAACUAAACACCACUGAUCUGUUACCAAAGGAAGCCAACUCCAAGGAAACCUUUAUAUUUAAACAAGGAAAUACAGCAGAAGAAAAUGCAACCCACAUAUUCAUUGCCAUCCAAAGUGUGGAUAAAAGCAACCUGACAUCAAAAAUAUCCAAUAUUGCACAAGUAGCUUUGUUCAUUGCUGAAGCAGACACUGAUGGAAGUCACCCCAAUUCAGGAAUUAACAUUUCUGCUUUGGUGUUGAUAGUGGUUGGCUCUGUGGCAGCUGUUUGUAUUAUUAUAAGUACCACUGUUUGUGUAUUAAAAAAGAAGAGAAAUUCCAGUAGACCUAGUACAGGAUUUUAA